UUUAUCUCAUCAAAACCGGUCUCAAUGAGUGUGGCUAAGAAAAUGCAGGAAAGGGAAAUCAGCCUUCUGAUGCAUUAUGUGGACGACGUGUUUCCUCAUCAAUUCCCUUUCUACCAUAGCCAGUUUGUGGGGAAAAGAGAAUGGCUCUUGCCCUUGCUGUCGUCAACAAGAUCGGUCUAUUACGCUACGCUGUGCCUCAGUCUACUGCACAAGGAGAAAUGCUUCAAUAUGGACCAGCCAGAGUCGGUAUCCUUUUGUCAAGAGGAGAGACUGCGAUAUUAUAUACUGGCGCUGCGAGAAACACAGCAGCUUUUACUGAAGUUGAGCCCAGUAUAUAACCUAGACACCAUAAGAUACUGUAUUCCUUCCCUAGCAAGCGCUCUACAUCUGAUCAGUUAUGAGUCCUCCUAUCCUGUAUAUGGAGAUUGGAAAGUUCAUCUGCAAGCUGCAACGUCACUGAUCCCCAUUCUCGUAGGGAGCUGGAACAGUAUGAUCAAACCGAUCAAACACACUUCCUCCCUUUGGACAGGCCUAACUCUUUCUGAUUUCCAUGACCUCCACACAGAAGGGUCUCUCUCUUACGAAAAUGCCAGUGCCUUCCGGUUUCUAACGAAUGCACUGGCUGUAACUGGCAUCCUGUCUUUCAUUUCAACUGGCCCGACAGCUGCACUGUCCGACUACCGAUAUCUGAUGGAUUCCACAUACGAUAUGGUUCAGUGUCACCAGUUCCUUGGUUGUGAGAACUGGGUGCUGUCGGCUAUUCUAGACGUGGGCAUGCUGGACCGGUGGAAAAGAGAGGAGGAAGAGAACCGACGCCUCAGCUUCAGGGAGUUAGCGAACCGGGCAAAGAGGGUCGAGGACAGCCUAGAAAAUGGAAUCAGAGCGUUAUCAGCUAAAACGACCAGUUCUCCAGAUGCAGUCAUCUACAUCACCCGGAUUUAUGCCAGUUCCACACUGACCUACCUGCAUUCGGUAGUCUCAGGUCUCAACCCGGACCUAAGCGAGAUACGGGACAGUGUCUCUCGAACCAUUGAGCUCCUCAAAGAACUCUCAAACCGGCGUCUUCUCGCCAGUCUGACAUGGCCCCUGUGUGUCACUGGAUGCAUGGCAGACCCAGAUCAAGGUGCCUUUUUUCAUAGUCUGGUUAUCUCGGCGGAGAUCAGUCCGCAAUCAUUGAGGCAUACAUGGACUGCUUUACAGAUAAUCAAGGAUGUGUGGAAAGCCCGCAGCUCUUGGUGGGGACAGACAUUGCCUAAAUGGGAACAAAUUCUUUGUAUUGAUGGAUCUCCAAUACUACUUAUAUAA